CCCACAGAGGCAUUGGUAUGGGGGGGUGGGGGCGCCGGGGAGACGCCGGAAGUCGUGGUGGUACGGGUCCGGUGGAGGGGUGCUCCACUCCGAAGGCGUCGAGGAGGGCGGUAGUGAGGGGGUAAGACCGGAGGGGGAGGGCGUGGGGGCGGCGGUCGCCGCUACCGCUGCCUGAACCGAAGUCCUCCCCACCGAUCUCCCCGCCUGGCGACGUGCCGUCGCCCCCCCCAUCAGCUGCCAUGAGCGAACGCCUCCGCCCCAGGAAAAGGAGAAGGAAUGGCAAUGAAGAAGACAGUCACCUCCCUCAGACCAAACGGAGUAGCAGAAACCCUGUCUUUCAGGAUUCCUGGGAUACAGAGACAGCACCCGUAACGAAAAACAGUAAAGAAAACAGACUAAGAGGAAACAAAGUGUUCUGUGCGUCUUCAAGCAGUGACAGUGGUGGUAGCAGCAGCAGCAGUAGUACCAGCAGCAGCAUCAAUAGCCCAGACAGGGGAAGUGUUCAAGAAAGCAGCUUAAACCAGAUAAUUACCGGAUCCAGCCCUAAUACCCCUCAGUCCUUACAGGAGCAGUCUGCACUAUGCCAAGGCCCUUACUUCCACAUCAACCAGAUUCUGAAGGAGGCCCACUUUUAUAGCCUACAGCACCGAGGACGACCUCCUACAUGAUGAACUAGCAGUUCCUUGCCUUCUGUGAAGGGACAGCACUGUGCAGAUUUGAUAUUUCAACUUAAAAAGUUUGUUAAAAAAUUGCACAAAAUAUGCCUGUUGGCUUUUCAGUCUACAUUUGAAAUGACAGGGUAGCAGGCAUUUGUUUACUUGUGGUUUUUGCUGCACUAUUGCAAUGUCAGAGGGGCUUUGAAGCCAUUUUUAUGGAAUUCUUUUCAGGGUGGGUGUCAUCCCAGUGAAGGUGACAGUAGGAGGAAACCGCAUCUGCAUGUUAAGAGUCCAUACUGGCUCCAUUUCACAUUUGGAAACCAAUUGGAAACUUCCUGUUUUGUGCAAGGAGUCCUUUUAAAAUCUUGGGGGGUGGGGGGUGGGGUCUUCCAAUUUUAAAGACUUUUUAAAAAUUUGGUAAACUAGUAAAGACUAGUUUGCAUGAUAAACAUUAGUUUUCUUUCCCAAAGUAUAAAAGAGCUUGCUUCUGGCUUGGACUGAAGCUAGCUACCAUACUACCUCUCAGUAUGCAGAUGUCCUAUUGAAAUUAAUUUCCCGUUACAGGGGGAGAAAAAUUAGAGCAAGCUUAUUAGAUUAGACUUUGUAAGAUGGAAACACCCUCCCUACAAUCUGUCUUCUCUUCCCUAUGUAAAGUGUUUGCAUUCCAGGGAGUCUUUUUGACACCUCCUUGAACCCCAAUACCAUUAUUCCUCCAAAGGCUAGAUUUUAAGGCUUUUAUUGGCAAACACUGCACAGUUUUGAAAGACAAGAAGUUGUACUGUAUUUGUAACCUUUGUCUUGGACACAAAUGUACAUUAGCAUCUUAAAUGAUCUUUUGAUAAUUCCACCCUGUUGUGUCUAGUAAGGCACAAAUGAUUAAUGAUAAAGACUAAGCAACUUGAGCUGGUGUUUAAGGUAACAGGUACUGUAGAACUAUAUGUUAGCUUAGGUUCAAUUUCAUAUUUGAAGUACUUUCUCAUAGUCACUAGGGGGCCACAUUCCCUCAUUGAAACCAUAAAAAUUGGUGGAACUUAGAAACAAAUUAGCAGAGGCACUAAUAAAUACAUGGUAAUUAUUUAUUUAGAAAAGGAGGGGUACAUCUUGAUAAAUUGCUUCAUUUUAUUUAGUCAUGUUAGCGAGCCAACUAAGUGUGAAACGAGAUGAUGGGGUAGAUGUGUCUUCCUCUUCUGUGACAGCCUGUCUGAACAAGGAACCAGGACGCAUCAUGACAUCAUCUGCUCUGGGGAGUGUUGGAAGUACAACCUGCCGUUAGAUUUAAAGGAAAGUGCCUUAGAUUCUACCAGGAUUCUCUUACCUGCUUACCCACCUCGAGUCUUUUGUUCUGAAAGCCACCCAGCACAUAAAACUAUUGAUGUUGCUAGUGAGGGGACCUUUCCUCUCUAUAGUUAAGGUUAAAGAAAGUCUUUGUUUGAAGGAAACCACUUUGCUUGACUGGUAUUCGCUUUUACUUGGGUGACAGAACUAGUAAAUCAAACUUUUAAGGAAAAGAACAAGUUUAAAUUAAAUAUACUUCCUUUUCCACUGCUUGCUCCUUUAGCAUAAAUAGGAUUUGCCACAGAUACUUGAAGAAGAAAUUUAAUGUUAUGGCACCAGACGUAAAACAGCUUUGGAAUAGGCAUAAUUUUGUCUUAAGUUUUUACUAAUUUAAGAGCAUUAGAAGCCUUUCCCUCAGAAAUUCUUUCUUGGGGGGGAAAGUUGUAUAUUAUAUUCUCUAGUCACCACCACCCUUUAAAAAGUCUGUCAGAUCUAAAAAAAUUUAGGAUGUUUUCCUUAGGAAGUUUCUAAGUUUUAGGAAGCAGGUCCUAACCAGGUGGGUCUGCAGAGAAUGGGGAAAGGGCAUAUUAACAUCUGUUUUUCAGUUAUAGAUAUAGGGCAAACAGCUACAUACUAAGGGAAGAGAACUGGUUUGAGUUUUGAAAUACCCCAAUAAGACUGGUGUAGGCUUUAUUGGAUAGCAAACAGCUUGAAAAGGGAUUAAGUUUCUUGUUUCCUCCUAACUAAAAUAAGUUGUAGAGGAUGAAACCAUGACUAGGACAAAAGAAUUUUUUCUGUUUUCCUAAUGAAUACAACCAUUUUAAGGGGCUGGUUAUGUAACUCCAACUCCCUCCCUAGUAUGCUAAAUAAAACUCCAUCUUGUCUUUUGCAGAAAUUUCUAUAGUAUUAACAGCCCAAAAUACUAUCACACCACUAUGAGGCUGCUCUGUUUAAACUCAAUCGUCUUUUUUAAACAUCUCAGCUCAAUCUAGUAAGAUCUUGUACUUGUAUCGCACCAACAUUAAAUGCAGCAUUAGUGCA